AUGCCGCUGACAUACGCAGAAGCUCUCCAAUCUGGUAAUCGGGGUGUUCAGCAGCCAUCGCAAACGAUGGUAGCUCCCCACCUACGACCACCUAAACCCCGCACCUUUGUUGCAGAACCGUCCCAACCGCUACCACAAACCCUAGAUGGCGCCAGUGAUCUGCCUGUGAAACCCACCGCUGUUAAGAAACUUAGCACGACAGAACUCGAAGAUGAACAGCUUGAGGUGUUGCUCCAGCGCCAACUCAAGAUUGUCGACGCCAACUCAGACGGUUCCUCAAUAUGUAGACCAGCAUACGGGGCUAAUGGGUCCCCAGUGGACCUGGACAGCAAUCACUUUGUUCUCCAUUUGACAGGCGACAGCGACCUUGAAGUCCACCGAUACCAUAUUGAAAUCACUUCAACGGACAACAAGAUAGUUCGCGCGGAUGAGUAUUGUCAACUCGUCAGGAUUUUCCUGGAUGAUCAUAUCUCAGCUCCUCUUUCGGAGACAAUCGUCAGUGAUUUCAGGUCCAAUCUUUACUGCUUGACCAAGCCUGCGCCUAGUCAAGGUCAAUGGCAAAUAAAAUACAAGAACGAGUACGAGCGGACACCGUCUGAAAAGGCUAAGACUUUCACCCUUAACUUAACAUACGUGGCUACUUUACCUGUGAGCAAGUACUUACGAUCCCUCGAGAACGUUGAGCUCCCUUUUGAUGAAAACCUAAAAGAGGAUAUCAAGGCUUUUCUCAAUAUCUUUAUUGACCACUACGCGAGGUCUCAGCCGCUGAAAUUUGCCACAUUUAAGUCUAGCUGCUUCGACUUAAUAGCUGUAGCGAAUCAGAUGAAGCCUUCAGGAGGGCUUGAGAUCCGGAAAGGCUAUUUCGCAGCUUUGCGGGUAGCAGCUGGACGUUUUCUCGUCAACCUAAACCCUCGUACCAAAGUCUUCUAUCGGGCAAUAUUUGUCGACGUCAGCAUAUCGGAGUGGGGUGAGGCACACACACCAGUCUUUUUUCUCAAUGAUGACGCGAAGAGGAGGCUUUCGCUUCAGCAAUUUUUAGCUGGACUUCGCGUUGUGCCCGUUCAGGGGCAGCAAAGGUUUGAUGGUAUUGCUGACGAUCAUCCGCGAAUCAAGAGCGUCUCUGGAUUGGCGGAUCCGACUGAUGGCUACAGAAGUGUUGUAGAUGAUCAAGGAGUCAAAAGCCUCGAGCCUAUUGAAGAUUUUCCUCCUAGAGUUCGCACAUUUGGCGCUGGCCCACAAGACGUGGAAUUCUAUGACAAAAAAGCAGGGGACUACAUUUCAGUCUUGAAUUACUUCAAGAAACAUUAUCCAAUUUUCGCACAAGAGCGCCUUCAAGAUGUACAAAUGCCGGUCAUCAAUGUCGGUAAUAAAAGUCAUCCGGUCUAUCUGCCUUGUCAAGCGUGCUUCAUUAUUCCCGGCCAAUCUUUUCCGGAACCAUUGGUGAAUUUGACAACUGAGCAGCAGCCUCAUUUCACAAGGGCAUCCGUGAGGCCUCCGGACGAGAACGCAAGAUCGAUAGUGGCUUCUGGCGCUUUAAGUGUGGGGCUUCGUUCGGAUAUAAAUCCACGAAUGAAAACGUUUGGGUUAGAACUCGACAAGUCAUUGGUACCAAUCAAAGCAAGACGCCAUGAGCCUCCUACCUUAUAUGGCGCUUACAAAAAGAAUCCAAAAAUGGGAGAAGGAGUAUGGUCUAUGUCAGGAGUCAAGUUCUUCAAGGGAGCGCAAAUGAAACGCUGGAAGGUCUUGAGAAUCCUGGAGGCCGGAGACAGUAAUGCCACUACGAAUAGUGUCCGACUAAUCAACGACACGAAGCGUGUAGUUGUGACAUUCAAGUCGAAGAUGAACCAAAUGGGGCUCGAAGUUCGCAGUGAACCCGUCGCCACAUGCCUGUUACGUCCUCAAGAGACAACAAACUUAGGCCUGACCAACUGGUUCGACAAAGAAGUACGGGGCAAGGACCUGCAUUUUCUCUUAGUCAUCAAGACUACCGAUGCGGCUCCGCUUUACAACCAAAUCAAGCAUCUUUGUGAUCAAAGGUACGGAAUACACAGUUCAAUUAUGACCUACGAUACAUUCUUCGGACCCAACCCUUCGGGUGCGAUAGCGACCAAUUCUCCAAAAAUCAAUUCAAAGCUGGGAGGAAUCAAUCUACAGCUGGAAUCUGGGAGCCUCGAUUUCAUUGAAACGGACACUAUGGUCGUGGGUCUUGAUGUCACCCACCCGCCUCAAGAUGCCAAUAACACGAAGCCAUCGAAUCGUCCAUUGAUUGCCGCAAUGGUAGCAAGUAUUGAGCCCAAUCUCGCGCAGUGGCGAACUGAAUUGAGGGUGCAGGGAGCAGCCAAGACACUCAAAGGUGGAGCAGUCGAAAUGGCGACUCUAAAUGUAAGGAGCAUGUUUGUCAAUUUUCUUACCAUCUACGAACGACACAACAAGACUCUACCAAAGCGAAUUCUGAUAUAUCGUGAUGGGCUGGGCGUCGGCCAACUCGACGAGGUCGUGCACGAAGAAUUGCGUGAAAUGCAGAAUGGAUGUCCAGUCAAAUAUCAACCCGGAGCGCUACCACAAUUCACCCUCGUCCUCUGCACAAAGCGCCACAACGUCCGCGCCUACGACAAGAUCUCCAAACCCGGCAAAUUAGAUAGCCCUGGUGCCGACAAUUUCACCUACAUAAACCCCAAGAACGGCACUGUCAUUGACCGUGACAUCGUAGAGACUCAGCGCUGGAACUGCUGGAUGCAAACCCACCGCGCCAUCAGUUCUAAGAGCACUGCACGCCCUGGCUCCUACGAGAUCCUUUACGAUGAGAUCUUGCGCCCUCUAGCUAGAGACGGCAUGAACGCGCAAGACUUGUUCGAGAAAGUGACGAAUAAUAUGUGCUACCUUUUCCCCCGAUCCACCACCGCUGUUAGCAUCCCGCCCGCCACUUACCUGGCGCAUCUGGCUUGUGCGAGAGCAAAGCUCUAUCUGGAUGUCAAGUGGAAUAUAUCGCUCGUGCCACCGGCGGACACUUACCCCCCGCUCAUCAAGGGAGGUAACAAGGGAAAGGGGACAGGGAGUAGCGUUCUGGUGGACAGGGCUAGGGCAAGAUUGGAUGCGUGGUACCAGAGCACUGUUCAGCCGGCCAUUGAAGUGCAUGAUGCGCUGAAGGGGAGUAUGUGGUAUUUGUGA